AUGUCUUCCAUUAUCGGCGCUUCCGAUGCGUCUCCGCCCGAUCCCUGCUGCAUCUGCAUGAGUUUGGAUGACUACCAAGGGACGCUUCUCGUCCGGUGCGUGCGCUGCUCCAUCCGCGUGCACGUCAAAUGUUACGGCGUGAGUAUCGAUAGCGACAGCGCGUCCUCGUGGCUCUGUCAGGCCUGUGAGCACGUCACCUCGGCUCCAUCACCACGUCCGACGCCUCAGUGUGCCGUGUGCCCCAUCGCAGGCGGCGCGCUGCGGCUAACAGAUCAGAGCGACGUCUGGUGCCACGUAUUGUGUAUCAAUUGGAUCCCAGAGCUGUACCACAGCUUGACGGGCGUCAUGGAUGAGGCCGUACAGAUCUCACUGUACGAUAAAAGCCGCAGUACACUCCGCUGUGGGAUCUGCGGUGUACGCGGCGGCUGCAUCCAGUGCGUCAGUGGCCGCUGCGCCAAGGCCUUCCACGUCGUAUGCGCCUUCCGUUCUCCUUCCAGCCUCGUCUUCACGGGCUACAAUGCUCAAAAUCAACAGGUGUAUCACUGCAAAACACAUCUAUCCGACGUGGACACUACCAAGUACGAGAUGGUGGACAAUUCGUGGCGUGCACUGCCAGAAGUAAAGAAAUACGAGGACGAACAUCCGUCCACGACCGAACCCAAGUGCCGAUUCUGCGGCAAUAAAGUCACUUUGCCCAAUAAAGAGGCGCACGAGACGCAAUGUCUACUGGGAUGGAUGACUCGCUCUGAUGUGAACAAGAGAAAGCAAGAAUUGAACCGACUGGGCGUGAAACCUGUGGAAAUUGUGUACAAGGACAAUGAAAAGUCGCCAGCGAAGAAAGGAAAGAGGAACAGGAGCAGUCCCAAUGCUCGUAAGAACACCAGAGAGGCCAACGGUAAGUUUAAACGACAGGAAACGCCGAUGCGCCCAUGUCCAGAGUGUGGAGAGCACAUACGAGAAACGCUCAUGAUGGGCCAUAUGAGGAAUAGCUGUCCGAAAAGUAAGCACGCCAUGAAGCGCAAAAUGUCCCCGCGUAACGGCAUUCAGGAGGACGUGGAGGUAGCAGACAUGUCGGACGUUUUGUUCGCCUCUUGGCCUGGACAGAACAGUGGAGCGCCCAUGGACUCGACGUACUUCUGGAAGGUGGUGGAGAACCAUUUUUACAAUAGUAGUGUGCUGGAGAAGAAACGAAUGGGGCAACUGUGCAAGAGUUUGUGUGGUGUCAAGCUGGAGGAUAUUCUCAAGCGUCGAAAGGUUCUGCAAACGUCGGAUAUUCACUGUCGAGACACGGUGCGGUUGGAACGCAAUGCAGAGGACCCAACGCAGUCCCUUGUGCUGCAAAAGUGCACUCACAAAUGCGAUUUAUUUAUGCGAGCCAGCCACUGUCGCUGUCUGAGCGAUCCCCUGGCAAAGCCGAUGAUUGAGAUACGUCAUAACCCCGAGUGCACGAAGCCGGUCGAUCAGGACGCUGGUACUGGCUUAAUGCAUGUUCCAGACGGCGCUGAAGCUAGCAUGCAUGUACAGUUUAAGAAUGGAGAGAACACCACAGUGGAUUGCAAGUACUCAAUGCUGGUUUCACGGGAUGGCGAAGCUAUGAAUCAGCACGCAGCAGAUAACGGGACAUUUGCGAUCUCUUUCCAGCAUGACGCUGUGUCGACCUUGGCUGGCUUUGACAUGCAGACGAAGAAAGUUCCUUUGGGUAAGGGUGAUAAGUUGCUGAUUUCUCUCGAUUCCUGUGAUCAAGUGGAGAACGCGCUGCUGGAGAAAACUCUCGAGAGUCAUACGCAAGCUCUUAGUAUUGUAUCUGCUCCUGCCGACUCUCCAUUGACCGAUGAAUUUACGCCUGCGAUCAACCUUCUCAUGGAGCAUCUCAAAAACACGACGGAGCAAAACCGCAUUCGUAUUCGCAGUUUAUACAAGAUACUGAAAGGCGAGGAGGGCAACGAAAGCGCGUUUCAACUCAAAGCACAGACAACAGACAUGUACUAUCGCGAGUUUGCAGCCUGGAAACGACUGUGCUCGAGCUUAUUAAUCGGCUACAAGAGUGGCGAUCAACCUGAAAAAGAUGACAAGAAAGCAACCGAAAGUGACGAACAGGAGGGAUCAACAGAAGACGAGGAUGACGCGAUCGAUGACGGAACCUGCGUCGUGUGCUUCGAUGGUCAGUCGCCCGAAACGAAUCCGAUUAUUUUCUGCGAUCGAUGCGAGCUGGCGGUUCACCAGCGCUGUUAUGGAAUGGCUAAAGUGCCUAGCAAUGAGUUUAUCUGCGAUCGCUGUCGAGCUACGCGAGAAGGACUGGAUCCGGCCAGAGAUGUCUUCUGCCAACUCUGUUCUUUGAGUGACGGCGCGUUCAAACGUACCGUUGAUGGGAAAUGGGUCCAUGUAGUGUGUGCGCUGUGGUGUCCGAAAGUUUGGAUCGGUAACCUGUUCGAGCUUUCGGAGAUUAGUCUGGUUGGAACCACGAACCAAGUGCGGUUCUUGAACUCAGUCGCAGAGAUUGAUGCACGUAUCGAUCAGGCAUCGAACGUGCAACAUAGUACUCCUAAAAGCAGCGACCCUGAGGUACCUGCCAUUGAGUUGGGGAGUCUGUGUGUCCACUGCAGAGUCGCUUGUGGACGUACGAUUCAGUGCUGCCAUUCGGAAUGUUCAACAUCCUUUCAUCCACUUUGCGGUUGGUUUGAGGGUCUGCCCAUGACGAUUUCGCUUGGAGACGAGAGAUACAUGUACGCUGGUGGCGGAGCAGGUUUGAAGUUCCAGAUGUUCUGCUCGAGACACUUGCCCAAGCAUUAUCCUGCGUCAGAACAGCAUGCUCAGCGACGUCGACGCGCGCGAUUCCGUAUCGAUUCGUACUUUGUAAUGAGAAGCAAGGACAACUACAGCAGCGGCGCAAAGAAACAGACAGACGACGCGUCUUCGUUGCUGUCCGGAUCCAUUGUCCAGGCCGUGCUAUCUGCUGAGAACAAGUUAAGUGUGACCGAUAUGGACCCUACUGCGACAGAUUGGACUGACAUGACGGUAUGCUCUGCGUGCUUCGAAUACUGCGCACCUCUGGUUGGUGAGCUCACGGACGUCAAUAUGCUGCAUCGAAGGCAGUUUAUGAUACGUUGCCAGUACUGCAAUGUAUACAUCCACCCGGAGUGCUGUAUUUCGGACAUCGGAUCUUCCGCUACGAUAUUUAGAAGUAACUGGAUCUGCGAGCGGUGUACGCAGACGGGUGGAAAUGGGACGCCAGUGUGCGUCGUGUGCGCUAAAGCAACCGACUACUUGAUGCCGUGUAUCGACCCUCCAGUGUUAGUGAACCAAUCGAACGGGAAGACGCUUCCUGACUCAAAGACAGCGAGCACAGCGAUUCGUCCAGCACCUGGAGGAGGCCAGCAACUGUGGUUACUAGCACACCAGAGUAUGCAGCGGCAAAUGCAAGGACAGCCCAACUCAGGCAACAAAAUUCCAUCGCAACUCAAGGGACCGGACAGCAACGGCGUAGCGUCUCACCCUUCGCUGAACAAAUGGAUCCACGUGUACUGCAGCAAGUGGCAGAAAGCGAAGACGGUCAAGAGACAGCACAUGCUGUGUGCGUACACUCCUACUUUAAAAAAUGAAGGGAUGGCGACGCGAUGCGAGCUGUGCGACAAGAAAGAGGGAUUGCUUGCCAAUUGUGCGCAGUGUCAUCGCCGAUUCCACCCGAUUUGUGCUGCACAGAAGAAACUCUACUGCGCUCGGUCGAAUCGCACGGACUGGAAGUUUUACUGUGAGGCGCACCCGCCACCCGAUGCAGCUUUCGACGUCAACCGCCAGUCGUGGAUCACCCAGGAGAUUUUAGGCCAACUGCAAGAUCUGCGGCGCUCACUGGAGCGUGGAAGAAUGCUGCUGGAAAUGUCCCGUCAACGAGAUCGUCAACACAAACGACUGUUGAAUCUUUGCAAGCUGCCACUUGUGGAGUUAUCCAUUGACGUGAUCUUGAAAAAGCGGCCGACUCCGCACAUGAAGGAAGUGUAUUACGAGUUGACAGGGGAGGCUUUGACAGACGUUCCGCAUCGUGCAAAGGUGGCUCCUACGCCGCCGCGAAACUCGCGAAACCGCGUCCGAAACAGCCCUCGCGCUGCAAGUGGAGGUCGGUCUACUCGUGCUGCUAAGCGCUCGGCUCCACAAGCUCCAGUUACUCCAGUUACUCCAGAAAGAAGUCCGAAGCGCCGUCGAACGCGAGCUGAUUCGGUUGGUUCGAGCAAUGGGGAUCACACUCCACGUCGGAGUUCUCGACGAAAGUCUUUACGCUUUAACCAAGAGGACUCGGAGAAUGAGGAAGAGAAUCAAGAUGAGGUAGAGACGCAAACGAAGGUGUGGGAGAACCUUGCGGUGCCCAAGGAAGUCGAUGACUUCGACUUCGUUGUCGCUGAACAUUUCCCUGAACUGGUGCAGGAUUAG